AUGAAUAUUCCAUUGAAAUCACAACCAAAAGUUUCAACUGUUAAUUUAAUUGAUAAUUUAAAUUUUGAUUUAAAUACUCCAACUAAUUUUAAAACCAAUACAAAUAAUAAUUAUAUACAAGAAGAAGAUGAUGACAAGGUAAAUAACAUAUUGUAUCAAAAUUUAAAUUCAAAACAUCAAAAAAUACGGAAUAAUAAUCAUACAACCUCAAACACUCAUCAAAAUCACCCAAAUUCAGAAUCAUCUUAUUUAACUUAUUCAGACUCCAGAAGAACUAGAAGAUUUUCUGAAACGGAAAAAAACAAUUUUGAUCAAGAAACUGGACAUAGAAUAUAUGAAGAUGGAAAAAUUCGACCUCAAACUGUAAGACAAGAGAAACAAAAUCAUUACUUUACUGAUAGUCAUUAUCAAAAUAAUACAAAUGGAUCAAGUCCUGGAAAAUUAUAUUCAAGAUCUCAUGAUAGUAACAUAGAUGUUGGGAUUAAUUAUACUCAAGGUUUAGAAGAUGAGUAUAUUCCAGGUUUAGAUUUUAGUGAUAUGGUAUAUAAAUGGAAUAAUCCUAGUAGUUCUGAAUUAGAUAUAUCAAGAAUGAAUACAAGAAAUAAUACAAACAGUGCAUAUACAACUCAAUCAAAUACACCAAGAAGUAAUAAUGCAUCUUAUUUAGAUUUGAAUUUAUUACAUGCUCAAGUUGCACCACAACCUAUACGACCAAGUACUCAAAAUCCAUCUAAAAUAUCAUACUCAAAAUUACAUGAUUAUAUGAAAUUACGAAACCCUAAUGAAACAAAUAUAGAAGAUGAAUCUAAAAUUAUUGAUGAUUCAAUUGAUUCAGAUGCAACUCCUUUACAUCAUGAUUUACAUAAAAGAACUGAAUCAAUUAAUGAUAAUGAAAGAAAAUCCAAAAAACAAAAAUCAGCAGUAGACCCUAAAACAGGUGAUAUAAAUUAUGAAUUGAUUUUAAAUAGUCUACCACCAAAUUUUACUGAAUUACCAUAUUCACAAAGAAAGAAGUUAGUUAGUACAUUUUCAGACAAUAUCGAUUAUUCCCAAUUUUCAUUAAUUGCAAAAAGUCAUUUUGGAAGUGGAGGUAGUUCUUUGGGCAAAACUCCAAAAACAAGUGCUGGUAGUACUGCUGGAGGAUUUAGUUCUGGUGAAAACAGUCUUUCCAGAAAACAUAGAGUUGGAAGUGCAAAUACUUUAGCUGGUAGAUUACUAGCAAGAACUUCAACAACUGAUGUCAAGAAAUUUUCAGAAAUAAAACCAAAAUACAAUAUAGAUGAAAAAGGUGCAAUUGUAUUAGAUCAUGAAUUAGGUAAAAUAAUUGGAUUUGGUGCAUGGGGAACAAUAAGAGAAUGUGUCGAUAAAAAGGGAAAUGUAAGAGCAAUGAAAAUUGUAAAAUCAUCAAGAGAGUCAAGAAGUAGACCAAGUUCAAGAACUGAUUUAAUUGAUAUGACACAUUGCCCAAAAGUUUUAGACGUGUUUAAGAAAGAAAUUGCAAUUUGGAAACAAUUGAACCAUCCUAAUAUUUUACCAUUAAUUGAUCAUUAUGAAACAGACGAUGCCAUAUUUUGUGUAAUGAAUAGAAUCAAUGGUGGUACUUUAUUCGAGCUAGUAUCAGAAUGGGGACAAUUCAACAUCGGUAUUAAUAACAAUUCAGGUCCAUUGAAUUUCCUGAUUGACAAACAAAAAGAGAGACUACGAAAAGUAAUAGAUUGUACGAGACAAAUAGUUGACGCAUUACUUUAUAUGCAUGAAGAAAAAGGUAUAGUUCAUGGGGACUUAAAGUUGGAGAAUGUAUUGGUGGAAAAAGAAGCAAAUGGCCACUAUAAAAUGAUUUUAUGUGAUUUUGGAAUGUCAAGAAUAUACAGUAUGAGAUUAAGUAGAAAAUCAUCGAUAAGAAAUGUACCCCAGGUUGGUGAGGAUAAGAAAAAUUUAAGGCUAUCAGCAUUAGAUGAAGAUGAAUUAACAAUUAGAAGUAAAUCUUCAAAUUCUGAAAUGAGAAAACCAUUCCAUGGAGGAGAUACGUCAAGAACUAAAUUUUUAGAUUUCAAUAUAAAAGAUGAUUCAAGGAUAGGAUUAUCUAAUUUUUUUAAAACUCAUGGUCCAUCAAUGCAAUCGGUUCAUUUGACUCCAAUAGCAUCAGAAAGUCAAUCACCAACUGCAUCAUCACCAGCUGAUUUCUUUGAUUUUAGUAAGAAAUUUUUAAAUAAAGAACCAGAACAAAAUGGUAUAGAUUCAAAAUUACCACAUUCCCACAUUGGGUCCCUACCUUAUGCAGCUCCUGAAUUAUUACAACCGUCACCACCGCCUUUAGGACCACUGGCUGAUGUUUGGGCAUUAGGUGUUUUAGUGUAUGCUAUGUGCUGUGGUAAAUUACCAUUUCAACAUCAAUUUGAACCAAGAUUAAGAGCAAUGAUUACAGCAGGACAGUACAAUAAGUGCGAUUUAAAAAAAGCUUGUUUAUUAAAAUGGAUUUUUAGGGACUGCUCCAAACAAGGUAAAGAAAAUGACGCUGAAGAAAAUGGAAUAUUAAAGUCACUAUCAGACAGUGUAGAAUUAAACACCAUUAAGGAGAACUUACAUAAAAGGUGGCAAAAUGAAAAAUCACAAUUAGCGCAAGAGUUUAAUUACGUGGAUAAUAUCGUGGAAGGCUGUUUAGAAACAAAUUUAGUUCAACGAUUGGAUAUGCAAUCAAUUUCCGAUCAAUUGUAUAAUUAA